CAAAACAUACCCUUUUGGCCCCCCAACAGAAAACCACAAAAGAAAACCCUAAUACCAAAACCGUUUUGUUUAUCGCAAAUCAUCAAUCAAUGGCGGUGGAAACAGCAAACCAACGAAAAAUCAAAUGGGUAGAGCUUGAAGACGAUGCAGAGGACUUAGAUUUCCUGCUACCCCCAAAGCAAGUAUUUGGACCAGAUUCAAAUGGGGUAAAGAAAGUAGUGGAAUACAAGUUUAAUGAUGAAGGUAACAAGGUGAAAAUAACAACCACAACACGUAUACGUAAGCUAGCUAAUGCUAGGCUCAGUAAAGGUGCUAUUGAGAGGAGGAAUUGGCCUAAGUUUGGUGAUGCUGUACAUGAAGAUGUUGGUGCUACACUUACUAUGGUUUCUACUGAGGAAAUUAUUCUUGAACGACCUACAGCUCCUGGUUCCAACAAAGAUGAAGCUAAAGCUAGUGGAGACUCAUUGGCUCAAAUUGGGAAAGCGAGGGGGCAUGUUCUUAUGGUUUGUAGGACCUGUGGCAAGAAGGGUGAUCACUGGACAUCAAAAUGCCCUUUCAAGGAUCUUGCUCAGCCAAGUGAAACCUUCAUGGAUAAGCCACCUUCAGCUGAAGCGCCUGCUGCCGGUUUUCAAUUGGGUCGUUAUUAA